AUUAUCCUGGUUUUAAGGUAUUUUUUCAAAUCUAUAGAUUUUUGCUGCAAAUGCUCAUUGUGGAUUGUGCGCCUUGUUAUCAAUUCUUGGUGUAUUUAUAUCAAUUUUUACAAUGUCUUCAACACUUUCAUUGCUUUUACCGACAUUAAAAGCUCAGUUAUCUGUUACUAAUUUAUUGAUCAGAAACGUUUUGCAAAUCCUUACUCCUUUGAUGGUUGGAAGAUCAGUGCGUUGUAUUCCUGCAGCGCGAAAAAUCAUUAAGUCCUGGAAUAUUGCUUUGAAUUAUGUUGGAAUAAGUUGCAUAAUACUUCUCCUUCAUGUCAGAAUCAGUGAGACCAGUAACAGUGGACAUUUUGAAAAAGUUGCUACUCUCAAUGUUUUUUGUAACUUGUGUCUUGCUAAUGCGUUUGUUUUAAUUAUUUUGAUAACAACCUAUGUGGCUCUUUUAUCAUUGCCUUUCGUUCCAAAAAAAUCAUCAAUAACACUGAGUGUUUUGAACUGUAUUCGAGUUGUUGGUAUGUCAGCAUCAAUAGUUGAUUCAUUGCCACCAGAAGUGGGAGAUAAAGGUUUGAUUAUCUUACCAAUGGAUUUCAUUUACAUGACAACAAUUUUAUUGUUGAAUGCAUUUGUAUAUUUUGUGAAGAUUGAAGAAAAGGGAAAGGAGAAAUUUGAUAAAGAAAUGAAAGAUGAACCAAAUGAAUCAGUCAAUAGUUCUGCAUUUACCAUGUAUACUGAUUAUGAGAUUUGAUAUAACUGUUCACAUGUUACGUAAAAUUUAGCCAUUUUUAUAAAAGUAGUUAAAUCAGAAUAUGUUUAUACGGACAAUAUUAAACUCUUGAGCAGACCACAAAAAUCAAUCUCUUAUCGCUAGCUAGUUAUUCGUAUGUAUUGAAUGUUUUACUGUAUUAUUCUAUAUUUUGUCAUUACGAAGGAAAAUUUUAUUCGUCGAAAAAAAAUCAAACUAAUAAAUAAUGAAUGAACGUA